AUGACCGAAUCCGGAGUGGCCGUCCGCCGGCCGCUGUCGCCCAGAAAGUUUUUCGCCAUGUUGUACGAGACGGACGCUGAUGUCGCCGCCGCCGCCGAAGACGUCCGUCGUCCACACCACGGCCGCGCCAGCGAUGUCCCACUACAUCAGUGGUACGGAUUAAGGCGGCCGUCCGUCCCGGCGCAGCUCGCGGCCGCCGCCUCGGAUACGUCGCUGCAGCAGCACACCGUCGUCGUCGUCCGGCCGACCGCCGCGUACGUCGAACACACGUUCGCCGCCGGCUUGACCGCUUUUCUCGAGAGGAGGCGACGGAAAGAAGGCCGUGCACCACGGCGGCAGAGGACCACGUUCAGUCCGGAACAGACGCUCAGCCUGGAAAUGGAGUACAGGAACAACGAGUACGUGUCCCGGAACAGGAGAUCGGAACUGGCCAACGCGUUGGAUUUAUCCGAAACGCAGGUGAAGAUUUGGUUUCAAAAUCGCAGGGCCAAGGACAAGAGGCUGGAAAAGACCCAUUACGACCAACAGAUCAGGCAGAUGUUCCAGCAAAACGGAUUCAUUUUACCGAAGAUUUAA